AUGAAUCGGGAAAAAUAUGACACACUACAAGCCUAUUCAGAGGAGGAACCUGGUUUCUCUAACCAUUCUGAGAAGGUUAACUCUGAAGGUAAUAAAAUAAACUCUGAUGAUGAUGUUGUAUUGAGAACUAUAUAUAGGCAGAGGUCUGGGGGUGCUAAGUCGAUGAAAAAAGGGGAAAGCAGGAGAAAACAUCUCGCGGAUAGGAAGCCUGCUUCUAAACAAAGAAAGAGACCUCCUACCACAAGGCAGAAGUCUCAGGCAAGAUUAGACUCUGCCUUACUGGUUAACAAAGAAAAGACUACUAGUAAGAGGUGGAGAAGAGUACAUUUGGCAAAUUUGAGUAAGUUGAGAGAUGAAGACCAAGAGGUGAUUGUUGUGUCUAACGGAGAAGAAGAGGAUGAGGAAGCCACCUUGGUCAGGAAAAACUCCAAAAGUAGAAGAACAUCAGUUGUUGUUGAGAAGAAAACUGUGGCUGAAGGUAGUGGUGAAAGUGAAAAGGAAGAAGCAGUGGCAGAGGGGAAGAAGGCGUCAAAAUCCCCUAAGAAAAGAAAAAACGGUGUUAGUAAGGAGGGAGGUUCCUCCAAAAGAAGAAGAGUCAGUAUAGAAGGACCUGGUUCCUCAAAGAAAAGAAAGCAAGAACUGGAGGAGGAAAGACAACACAAUCUACAAGGGCAGAAAGUUUUACUGGGAAGAGUGAUUGAUCCAGAGAUUGUUGGGCACAAAGCGUUAGAGAAAUUAAUGGAAGUGCUCAAAUCUAAAAAAUGGGAGCACCUAAUGGAAGGUCCUGUAGUGGCUUAUGAGAAAGAAGUAGCCGAUUUCUUUAUAAAUCUUCGGUACACUAGUGACUACUCAUUGGUUUACCAAGUUGGUGCAGUGGAGUUCACCCUCGAUGAAGAGCAGCUGGGGACAAUUCUUGGUGUUCCAAUUGAUGGAGUAAGUAGACUGGAGGAAGGAGACAAGGCUACUGCAGACUUCAAGCUUCACAUAGUAAAAAGGGGAGAGCAAGUGACCACUGAGACCAUAUGUAAGAAACAAAUGAAGUCUCAGUAUCAGUUGCUCUUUGAGUUUGUGAACAAGGUCAUGCUUCCUCGGACUGAGAAAAGGUGUAUUGCUUCCAAGAUGGACCUGGUCCUUAUGGAAAUUCUGGAUGGUGGCCACUUGAUCAGUCUGCCUGGAAUAAUGUUGCAGCACAUGAUAAAGGUGGUGGAUGUCAAGGAUGGUAAGCAUAGUCUGCCCUACGGAUUUUUUCUUACCAAAGUGUUUGAGCAUUUCAAAGUGUCUACUAGUAAAGCCUCCAAAAGGACCAAGAAACAAAUGUUCUCUAUGUCCAUCCUGGAGGAGUGUGAAUGUGUCCCAAAGAAGGGAGGAGCGGGAAACACAUACACUAUAUCGGGUCUGAAUGAAGCGAAUGAGAAAAUCUUAGCUGAUGUUGAGAACACCCUGCUGAAGGCAGAAAUCACCAGAAUGAAAUUGGAGGGACCUGGUCCCAGUGGUGAUACAACGAAAGAAUUUUCUGAGUUGUGA